AUGUUUGGAUCUACAAGAAGACAGCGCUCCUCUACCAGUGCUUCGACACCUCCAGAAGCCUCCCAAUCUACCGCCGAGCUUCAAAUUCUUCUGGAGCUUCUAACUGAUGCACUCACAGCCCCGCCAAAAUCUAUUUACCCCAGCCUCGGGCUGCUCAUAGCGAAAUCCGAGUCCGUCCUUCAUUAUCUGUUAGCAUCUUCAAACCUACCUCGAUCAAAUGAUGAUUUCCGUCGCCUAUCCGGCUUUCAGAUUCUCCUGGAUACUCUGCGAACCUUCUCUGGAUUCUAUCAUCCGAUAGAGAGAACUCAUGAGGAUAAAAUACAGAUAUUUGAGCUCAUAAAGAUUAUAUUGAAGAUACUGUCACAGGUAUUUAAGGAUCACAAUGGAAACCAAAGAUAUUUUAGGCAAAGAAUCGAACAGGGUGGUUGGGCUACGCUAGCUCAGACAAUAGCGAGUAUCGGCAUUGCUGGAAAUGACCCUGACUUGUGGCGAGAAGCUCAACUCUUUGGGAAACUCUUAUCCUUUGUACUGGACGACUGGAGAAUAGAUAAGUUGUGUCAGCAAGUGAUAAAUUUAUGCUGCCCUAGAGUGAGCGACAAUGACACCCCGAGGGAAAUCUUAUCUCUUUUGUGCACAGAAAAAGAUUCUGAUAAGUCCUUUUAUAUGGAUAAUGUGGAAAGUAAUCUUUCGGAAAUAAUUAAAGAUCCUGUUUUGCUGCACCAACCUGACUUUGUCUCAACAGUCAUUGAUUUCUGGAAGGCCAUUACUCGGACAAAAGCAAGCAUAAAUCCUGUUGCGAAUAUCGUGAUAAUGACAUUAUACAAAAUAUCCCUAGUAUCCACUCACAAUCUCAAAGAAUUACAUAAAACUGGGAUAUUAUCAACUCUAUUACCUCUAACUUUCGACAUCGAUUCGCCUCUUGGGUCAUAUGAGAAAAUAAACGUUGAAGCUUUUUGCAAAAAUUUAAUCUCGGUGGGUAUUAAUGACUUGAGCGAUACAGAAUAUCUAAUCCAAAGUAAAUCAUCUGGCGCUGCACAAUUUUUACUUGAGGCUUUAGAUUCUUCGCAAACACCCCCUUUUAUCCAAUUUGAUCUUUCUCUUAAUGGGUACGCAUCUAUAGAGCUUCCUAAUCUUGGCAGAUGCUUUCCUCCACCUCCUAAUAUUCCGGGCUACAGCCUGGUGGUAUGGAUGUAUGUUGAUCGAUUCGAUCCAAAAAUUCAUACAACUAUUUUUGGCGCGUUUGACUCUUCACAAACUUGCUUCGUCCUUGCAUACUUGGAGAAAGAUUCUCAUAAUUUUAUCCUUCAAACAUCUGUGACUUCACCGAAACCUAGCGUAAGGUUCAAAUCUAUCGUAUUUAGGGAAAGAAAAUGGUAUCACGUUGCAAUUGUCCACAGAAGACAUAGAACUAUGACAGCAAGUAAGGUAUCACUUUACGUCGACGGAGAGUUUGUUGAGCAAGUCAAGUGUCAGUAUCCUAACCCACCGCCACUCUCGAAUGCCAGCACUGAAAGCUUCGCUUCUUUUUCCUCGUCAGCUAGAGCAAACCCCGUGCAAGUAUUUCUUGGCACACCGAAAGAUCUUUCAGCGCAUGUUGGGCCUAGUGAGGUAUUUUCACGAUGGUCAUUCGCUUCUGCCCACCUCCUCGAAGAUGCACUUAGUAAUGAUCUUAUCGCAGUCUACUACCGACUUGGACCUCGUUAUCAAGGAAAUUUUCAAGAUUGCCUAGGAUCUUUUCAAACUUACGAAGCAUCUGCAGCUCUUGGUAUGCGGAAUGAGCUCAUCCACUCAGGCAAAGAUAGUAACUCGGAAAUAAUAUGUGCUAUCAGAGAAAAAGCAAGUACUCUGCUACCAGAGAGUCGCAUUCUUCUUUCUAUAUUACCAAUUUCAGUUCUUCCAGAUGACGAAAAACUGGGUAACCAUCAGUCACAGAUUUUUUAUCGAUUAGAAAAAGUUCCCACUCGCAAUUUGAUUCAAUUAUCCCAAAAUAAUAGCACAAAAGUCGUGAUAAAUGCGGCGAUACCAUCAAUUAAUAGGGCUUUAACUCGUCCGAAUGGUACAGCAGUGCUUACAGGAAAUCCUGUCAUCAUAAUCCCCCAAUCGCUUGAUAAUAGUUUAUGGCAGAUCGGAGGUUUUACAUCGAUUGUCUUAAAGCUAGUGGAAAAUUCUUCGUCACAGGAUGACAUCUUAAGGGCAGUUGGAAUUCUAUUUCAUGGAAUCAAGGAUAACUGGCGGAAUAGUGAAGCAAUGGAGAGAGAGAAUGGUUAUGCAAUCCUUGCAGCGCUUCUACGUGGCAAAAUUGGUGCGGGCACCGUCAUACUACCAAAAACUGGAAUAAAACCUCCAGGUUUAACGCACAAAGAACGGGAAAAUCUCAGUUUUCGGCUUUUCAGCUUAAUAUUAAAUUUCAUAGGAUAUAAUCAUGCAAAGCCCGAGGAAUCUUAUAUAAUCAACCCUCUAGCUUACAGGAUAUUACUCGUGGACUUUGACAUGUGGCGUAAAGCUGCUACAGAUACCCAAGUGUUUUACUAUAAACAGUUUAUUACGUUUGGAGUCACCAGUAAAUUUCAUCAGUUUAAUUCUCGUCGUCUAUUUCGAAUGCGUGUUGUCAAGAGGUUUCUCGAUGCUCUCAAGGCUGAAAAAUUUUCCCAAGAUGUUUUUCCUUUCUUUAUGGAAUCACUAAAAAGCUUGGUUAUGUGUAAUGUAACAGCAGAGGUAUUCCGGUCCUUGGCUCUAUUUGUCACUUAUGCAUAUCACAAGCCGACAAAUCAGCACACCCGUAACGGGUCCCGAAGGCCAUCAAUAGGUACUCUUAGUGACACCAAAGAGUUGAAGUCAAUUAUCCUAACAAGACGCCAAUGUGGCACAAAGAUUCUCGAAAUGUAUUCUAGUCUUCUAUGUCAGAAAGACAACAUCACGGCAAUUCGCAAAUUUGCAAGAACAGUCACAAACAAAUGGCUCUUGCAUCUCCUUACAGAAGAUGAUCCCGAGGUCAUAAUUCUUGCAACAAAAAUUCUAUCACGUCUGUUAGUAGUUCAUGGAUCAAGCUAUAUUUCAAAGUUUACGAACAAAACCGGUGGAUUCACGAUAAUGCGACAUCGUCUCAGGCGCUGGUGGAGUCUCCCUACACUUUGGUCUCUAUGUUUCAGUAUUUUAUUCAACAGAGAUGUCGCUGAAAUCGACGUAGACCGCCCAUUUGGACUUUUUUACCUCUGGGAAACUUUUAGCCAUUGCAAAGUUAUAAAUUCGCAGGUAUUGCCAGUCAUAACUUCAAUGAUACAGUGUGGUUUGAAAGAAGUUUUAAGAAAUCAGGAUGAUCCAGACUCGCCACUCACUCCCCUGAAGGAAGACGCGAAACAAACAAGUUCUUCGAAGACUUCAAACCGGUCUCCCUCGCGAAGUAACUCGAUAUCUUCGACAAAAAAAACUGAACCUGAAUUGAUAGAAAAACUUCAGAGAGACCAGCCAAAUAACCAAGCAACCUUGCUCUACACUGUUGCUCGCUUCUUCGCUGAUUUACACUGCAAGUCUUCUGAAUUUAGAGAUUUUGCGUUAUCCUCAGAAUAUUUGCGGCUUCUACUAGCUGUUCUAUUUCCAGUCAUAGUCAGUACAGACGCUAUGAGUGCCGAAACAGAGCUUAAUUCGAAAGAAGCAUCUUUGACCUUCGGGGGGAAUGACGUCAUAAUUCGUCCUGUGCCUCGACUGUCACCCGUCCCAGCAUCAAGUAUGAAGGUGUUACCUAGUGACUCGAGCCUUUCUCCAGCUACAAAUUACUCUAGACCAAAGACCCUCCGGAAUAGUUCUUCAUUCAUUCUGAUGACAACCCGACCUUCUGAAUUUAGCCCCUCUUCUGCUAGAUUAACGCUUGUAACAUCACCUAGAAAAAAGAUGGGUAUUCCACAAGCAACUAACUCGCUAAUUGAGGACUUAUUGGAGUUGAUAAUAGCUGUCUUUAUUGAUCGUAUUAUGGUUAGGAAAGAGUUUUCUGGGUUUGGGCUAUUUUCUAAGUCUCCUCCUGGUUUUCACGAACAUCAGGUAUAUUUUCAAACUUAUAUACUCCGUAAUACGAUCUCUCAGCUUAGUAAUAGCAUCCAGCUAGAUCAAAAACUUUUGUGGGAGCCUAGAGUUAUUCAAAAUAUGGCAAGGUUUGUUGCCCACACGUGUGAGGCCGUAUUUGAGGGAUGGUUUUUAAGUGGUGCAGAACCUUUAAUUGAUUUUGCAGGUACAAUACUGGAGUACCUCCAACGUCCUGAAAUCUCUAAAAUAAAGAGCGUAAGACUCUGCCACCAAGCAAUAUUAAAUAUCAAAAACAUAUUCAUUAAGGUUGUUCUUCUACGCUUUUCCGAAAUAGAUGGCUAUUAUGUUGCAGAGUCUGAUGCUGUAGCAUUCAUGGAUAAAAUUUUUUACUGGCAAGCAAUCCUACUCUCACCAGAUAUUGGACGCCAAGACGAGUAUUUUAGGCUCGUAUGCUAUCAAUUAUAUCUAAAAUUGACUGACUCUCGUGAAUCAAUUCGAUUUGCCGCAGCCAAUCUCUGGCGUAUCAUGCUUGUCCAGAAACCAAAGGAGAUCUCAUUUGUGUUUCAAAGUACAGUAUCAAAUGACCAUCAAACUCUUAUCAAUGAUUUCAAAAGACUGAUUGAGCUCGAUAACGAAACUUUCCUUGAAUGGAUAGAUCAACAGCGAACUGACCUUGAUGCAUUUUUUUUUGGCGCAAUCACCAAAACAUGGGAGAGAUUUGUUAACUCUGAGAACGAAAAAACAGUAGAGACGAAUAGAGCUCGGAUACUUAGGCGAAGGGAACGGCUCAAGCAAUGGUAUACCGAGGAAUUAAACGAAGAGGAUAUAUUACUUCGCCACGAUUUGGGUACUGCGAUAUGGAUGAAAAAUAUUUACACAUCUGAACACCUAAAGCACCAACGGGCCCAACAAGACCAACAGGAUAAUUUUAUAUUCCUUGCAUCAACUUUUUCAAAUAUGGCUCAAGGGGUGCAGAGGCCAUGUGCAGUGUUUUACAACGGGCAGCCGCUAAUGUGGCAACUUGACAGAACCGAGGGACGAAAUCGAAUGCGAAUGAGAAUUCUACCUAAUCGAGAUUUACCUGCUUAUGACUAUCGUCCAAAAAGAAACGUGACAGAUGUUUGUUCUCAUUCUGAAGUAAAACCUCGUAUAUCUACAAGCCGAUCUACUAGCAUGACACCAUCUUCUAUAUCAGCUGUUGCUAUUACUAUAAAUGGAAAUAAUGAACCGUCUAACGCUUUUGUAAGUUUAGAGGCAGGAUUGAAGAACAAGCUGGAUAGUGGCGUUGUUCCUGAUGAUGACUUCGAACUUGUAGACGAUCCUAACGAUCCCGUUGAGGAUGAAACCUAUGAAGAUAAAAAUCGCAAAGUCAUGCGCAGCCUUCAGCGUGGAGAUCAAGUCUUGAAUGUUUUCAAUGUCUCGCGUAUUGUCGGCCUCGAAGCUUGUGAAGGUCUAUGUAUCAUAGGAAAGGACUGUCUAUAUCUCAUUGAUAAUGUAUUCCAGCGGUCUGAUGGCGAAAUAGUAAAUGUUAUGCAAGCGCCCAAAGAAGAACGUGAUCCAUACUUACAGAUGAUAUCGGGAAAAUAUGAUUCGAAGGACAUUACAGCAAACAACUUUCAAACAGAGAGAGCUGAUCAGACGGCAAGGAGCUGGAGCUGGAAUGAUUUAAUUAGUAUUUCUAAACGCAGAUUCCUAUUUCGAGAUGUUGCUAUCGAAGUUUUUUUCAUAGAUGGCCGAAGUUAUCUACUAACAGCAAUAUCACCUUUGCUCAGGGACGAUCUCCACGCAAAGCUUACUUCUAAAGCCCCACAUACUUGCGGUAAUUCUACUCUACCAAAUCCUGAGGAUGGAUGGCGUCUUGAAGCUCUGAAGGCAGCUGAGGAAGCACCAACAAGCCUGAGUUACAAAUUCGGUAAUAUCUUCAGCCCUUCAGCCUCUAACCCUGCAAUGAGGAAAUGGGUCAAGGGUGAAAUAUCUAACUUCCAUUAUCUAAUGCUAGUAAAUACAAUGGCUGGUCGGACAUUCAAUGACCUCACCCAGUACCCGAUUUUCCCUUGGGUAAUUUCGGACUAUAAGAGUGCAGAGUUAGAUCUCAAUGACCCUUCAUCUUUCAGGGAUCUCUCUAAGCCAAUGGGUGCUCAGCAUAGUUCAAGGGCUGCAGAAUUUGUCGAGAGGUACAAACAAUUUGCAGAAAUGGGUGAUCAUAAUACGCCCGCUUUUCAUUAUGGGACCCAUUACUCUUCUGCUAUGAUUGUCACCUCUUAUCUUAUAAGACUUCAACCAUUCGUACAAUCAUAUUUGCUACUACAGGGUGGCAACUUUGACCAUCCUGAUCGCUUGUUCUAUUCUAUUGAAAAGGCUUGGCUGUCUGCUUCUCGAGAUAAUAUGACAGACGUUCGUGAGCUAACUCCGGAAUUUUUCUAUCUUCCAGAGUUUCUGACAAAUAGCAAUGGCUUUGACUUUGGAACGCGCCAAGGAAAGGGGGGUACUAUCAACACUGUCGAACUACCACCCUGGGCUAAAGGUGAUCCAAAAAUAUUCAUUGCAAAGAAUAGAGAAGCGCUCGAGAGCCCUUAUGUUAGCCAAUAUUUACAUCAAUGGAUUGAUCUCAUAUUUGGAAGCAAGCAACGCGGUGAAGCCGCAAUUGAUAGCAUCAACGUCUUUCAUUAUCUCUCAUACCAUGGUGCCAAAGACCUCGAAACUAUUACCGAUCCAAUGCAGAAGCUUGCCACUAUUGGAAUCAUCCAUAAUUUCGGGCAGACCCCUCACCAAGUCUUUACCAAGCCUCACCAGUCACGCGAAAACUUCCGCCACAAACAGAAAAGACUUGAUAACUCAGCUCAUACCCUUACUCGAUUGCCAUUUCCUAUACUCGAAACUCAUGAGCGUGUAACUUCCCUUAAUUAUCUGCCUAAGCUAGACCGUCUACUAUGCGGCACAAAUUUUCGCCUAAACAUACCACCACAUUACGAUAAGUACUUAGAGUAUGGAUUUGCUGAUGGCUCUCUCCGUUUCUUCUUUGUUGAUUCAAAAAAACCUGCCGGAUUAUUUGAAAAUAUUCAUCAAGGCCAAAUAUCAAGCGCUAUCUUCGCCUCCUCAACUCUCCUCAUCACAAGUGGUAAGGAUUGUGUGGUAUCUGCUCAUACUGUCAUAACAUCGCAAAAUAGGGCAGUCGAUUUACAACCACGUACCUCUCUUUUUGGUCAUAAAGCUCCUGUUACCGUACUUGCUGUUUCUAAAUCAUUUUCAACACUGCUCACUGCUUCUGUUGAUGGCAUUGUCAUUCUUUGGGAUCUAAAUCGCUUAGAAUUUGUACGCAAAUUAACUUCAGUUCAAGGCUCAGUUGAGUGCGCUUGUAUAAAUGACGUCACCGGAAAUAUUAUGUUAUGCAGAGAACAAACGGUCUUAAUUUAUACCCUCAAUGGUGACUUCAUUCUCGAGCAAAAUUUAUCUAGUGGCUUGGAUGAUCAUAUAUCAUCAUGCGCGUGGUUCGAGGGAACUGGUAAUGAAUGGAUUGAAAAUGAUCUUUGCUUCAUUAGUCAACGAGGUGGAAUAGUUAAUUGCUGGAAAAAAACUGUGACUCAACACCCUUUUCGAUGGGGACUUGAGCUGGUAAAGAAAAUGGAGCAUUAUCCAGAUGGAAAUCGAUGUAGCGAAACAGCAGUUGGUGGCCUAGACUUGCCAAAAAAUGGGAGAAAUACGAGCCAGACCUUCCGCGGUGGGGGUAACGACAUUUCCAUCACGUGUAUCAUGCCAAUGGCUCAAACUGUUUACACAGGAGACGAGGAGGGUAAAGUGUAUCAAUGGGACCUGGUGCCACGCGAGCAUUAA